UGCAGUAGACGACGUGCCUCCUCGUAGAAUGUCGGCCGUUGCUUGUUUGGUGUUGUGCGUCUAAAAAUCACGUGUUUUACGUAAAUAAUAAAAUAAUUGCGUUGUUGCAAUUUGCAAUACACGUGUUACUGGUGUUUGUAAGUGCGAAGUGUGUGUCGGAAUAAUAUGUCGAUAUAAUUUAUUGUUUACAAAUCACAAUAUAAUAAUAAUAAUCUUUAUUUCUUAUUGGCACACGGACAUCGUACUAGCACGACUGUAAUAGAUAUUACGGCGGUGGCGGCGGCAGCGGCAGUAGCAGCAGUGGUAGCGACAACUCGACGCCACUACCACCAUUACCAACAUCCAAGUACGCGACAACCAGUCGCCGCCAUAAUAUCACCAUCCGUGACGGUUUACAGCAAUAUCGUCACCAACCGUAAUUGCCAAUAAUAUUACCACAACCACCGCAAAUCACCAUCACUACCUGCUGACAAGACAGCACAGACCGUCAACAAUACUACUCGCGUCGACUGCAACGACCACCCGGACGUCGCUAUGCAGGCGUCCACGUCACCCGGGUCCACCCGACGGCGACCGUCUGCCUUGCACGUGGACGGCGCUGGCAGUCAGCGCACCACAGCCACUACCACUUUUUCGUCCGUUGACCGUCUGCUGGCGGACAUCGCGUUCCAGCGGCAGAGAGAACGGCAACGCGUSGCCGCAGCUAGCCGGCAGAGUCAACGACGUCGUGAAGACGGUCAACGUGAAGCUGCAACUUCGGCCAUGGAAGGAACAGUGACUAAAGCUGGAGUAACAGCCACCGGAUCUGAGCUCGAUGAUGAGGCGGCRUCGGCAUACUGGUGGACCGACGUGUUCCUCCGAUAUUUUGUGUUCGACGAGGACUGCACGAAAACCGCCACCACGGCAGACUCAGAUGACUUGUUGUUUUUUGUGCGGCGCCGUCGAAAUAAGCGCAAGUGCAUUAAACGCCGGCUGUCCUCCCAACGUCGGCGACUGGUUACUUACGACACCCGUGCUUACCGUAAACAACAGCAUAACCAACAGCAGCAGCAACAACAGCAGCAAAAGCCGACUAUGUUGCCGAUCGGCGAUCCGGCCGUCUUGUGGCGGCACACGGUGUGCCUGAACGCCAUCGUUCAUCGGCUGAGGUACACGCUCACAGUGGCCGUGUGUACGCGUGUGCCCAGAAAGGCAGCUGCCUCUUCCUGUUUCAGUAGUUAUGACGGGUCGAAAGCAUUCUUAUCAGCCGACGGGCAAGRAGAUUGUGAAUUUGACCUGCAGUUGCUGUCGCGCCACGUACACACAGUGUACGCAUCCACUAGUGGUCGGCGUAUGGACGCAGCGAAAGGACCUAGAGAGCGACCRGUAUACCCCGCUGUGUGCUGGGCCGUUGACGAUUUCGCCGAGGCCUUCCGRACGGUARUUGUACGUCCCGGACAGACAGUGUGCGCCGAGCUGGUGGCCGCUUGGCCGGGGCCGGCGACAGUAAUCGAGGAAUACCUCAAUAAUGACAUUGAAGACGACAACGAUAACGAGUACGAUAUGGAUGGUAGCAACAGCAAUUUAUUCGGUCGUCAUAAAUCAGUGCCCGUCAAAAUACAACAGAAUCUAAACAGAGCGGUUCUGUUCACUGGUGCCGUCCCCUACGCCGCGGUGCGAGCAACAUACGAGUGCAAGAUGAGCUUGUACCGUGAAGCACAACGCCAACGAAGGAAACGUCGGCGGCAACAGCAACGGAAACGGAUUGGCAAGAAAUCUUCUCUGGGCGCUGCCCUAUCCGCAUCACUGACAGCUYUGUUCGUGGGUGGAAAAGACUCUGCCACGUCGUCAGACUGUGGAGAUAACGGUUAUUAUUACGGUUCUACCUCUUCCACCAAUGCUACUGUCGCGGACGCCGAUCGUAUCGAGUACGUGACAGUGCGUGGUUGCCGGCCAAGUUAUCAUAAUGACGAUAGCGACGAUAGUGAAUUAUCAUCGGACGAUGAAAACCGAGACGGCGACGAUUUAGACUACGGCGACGUCAGUGGCGACGGGGACGACCCCUACGACUACACGAAGGGUCUGGCACAGAUGGCAGUCACGCUCGCACCAAUACAGAGAGUGGAGGCAAUMACUACUUCGGAUGUCGAUGGUAAUUCAGAAUACCACGUCCAUCACCACCAUCAUCACUAUCACCAUCUCCAUCRCCAACAGUACUGCCGUGGAGAAGAGGACGAUUACGGAGACGCUGGAUACGAUCAUGACCCUGAUAUUACCACCAGCGCUUAUUAUGACCACACUAAUAAUGAUUACGCCCCAGAGAUUGGUUACCAAAAACAGCAGCUCGAGCCCUACACUAGAACGACCACUGCUUCUGAACCCGGUGACUUCUAUGAUUAUGGGUGGGACUAUGAAACAGCAACCAGUAGCGAGCAACAGACACCUCAGACACCAUCUUAUUAUUAUCAACAGCAACAGCAGCAACAACUUGAGCGUCAACGACGCAAAGAUGGCAGACCGAGACGACUCAGUGACCCAUGCUCGACUUCUGUUUUUGACCAAAUGGAUGACGAUGACCGCCGUAUAGAGCAAUAUCACCAAAACUAUCAACAACAGCACGAGAUCAAUAAUUACAACAGCGUGUGUGGAAAGAAAAGUUGGCGAAAAAAACAGUAUGUCUACAAACACCGAUUACAACAAAAACCGAAUAGUUAUGGAAGUGUAAAAGGAUUAUCGUCGAUCGCAUUGACGCCAGGCAGAUCUGGAAGAAUGCAGCAUCCACAUCGGGCCUGGUCUGAGAGCGAUGGGUUGGAUCAGUGUGGUGGUAGCCUUGCUCAACAAUAUCGAAAUCUGCAAAAACCUCAAUUGCUACCACCCCCACCUAUACCUUAUUAUUGUGCUGCAGAAGCGGCCGCAUCGGGUUUUGUACAGUACGUGCACAAGAAUCCUGGUGGCUGGUGGACACGAACUAAAAACAAGCGACGUAGAAGACGGUAUAGGAAUAUAAAACGAAAGCCAAGUGAAAAGACUACUUCAAUCGUAGAUCGCCAUCGAAGUUCUAGUGCUGGUGGAAAUGGCUGUACCAUUACUGAUGAUGAGAAUAGUGACGGUUCAGGUUCGGGAUCAAACUCUGACCAUGGUGAAUACAACUCUGAUGAACAAGAUAGUGAUGGUGAAUUUAUUGGCAUGCUUGCUGCUGCCGCGGCUUUUGGCCAAGACCCUGACCGAGAAUGGUCACAAUUUGGAAAUGCUGGUGACCCUGUAGCUGAUUGGGACAAAUAUGACUUUGAGAGUGACUCAUCAUUAGAACAGGAAGAUGAUGAUAUGGUUGAAUGGACCACCGAGAUUAUGGCCACUGAUAUGAGGCGUAAACAAUCACAUCAAAACUUAGCUAUACCGUCAAGGAUAGUACACGAUAAUUAUUUACAUUUUUGUGAUGCACAAUCACUGACACCUGUCUUUACAAACCGUCAACUACAUCAUCAAUCAAGACAGGAACUCAUUGGUCAUCAACAGCAAUUCAAUCGGCCACUACCGCUACCACAAUUCCGACCUCAGCCACUUGAACCUCCUCCACCUCCACCUGCAUUGAGCGUCGCAUUUACUGCAGUAGCUUGUCCAUGGUGGACAGUGCUAGAAGACGUACUGCACGUGAAUGCCAAAACUUCUGGAGAUCCGUCGUCAUCAAAUAAAACAGGCAUGUGGUUACCUCUCUUGACGUUUGAUUAACUAUAAACCGCAUUAAACCACUUUAUUAAAGUUGAAUUCAUCGAUAAAGAAAAUCAAUGAAAUAAAAAUAUUUAAUUUGGUGAAUUCGUUGAAAAUCACCAAUCAUGCCCCUGAGCUGCGGUGGCGUAAACUUCACUACUUUCUAGACGACUGUAAAUAUAAAUUAAACAUGUUUCCAUCAUGGAAUUUAAAUUUUGUCCUAUUUGAGAAGCAAGAAGAACAUGGUGGAUAAACAUUGGACAGCGAGUAAUUAGUUUAUCAAUUAUUGAGCUUUUACAAUAUGUAUAUAAGUAAUUUGUAUAUAAAACUGUAUUGAUAAA